AUGUAUUCAUUCUACCCUGUGCACUCUUCUUCUAGGCGACAAUACCACCCCAUCAACCCAUCUUCUCUGCACCCUACACCUUAUUCCCCUUAUUUGUACUAUCCAGUGCCUGCCUCAGCGCCUUUGAUGCCAUCACCGGCCUAUAGUUCGAUAUCCGAUCUGAACUAUUUCUCUUUGGGCGAUGAUGGUACUGACGAGGAAGAGCUCUUGCUCCGUGCUGCUCUCGAACGUAAGCAGCAACAGCGUUUAGCCAAGCGGCAACACUAUGAAGAGCUGUUGCAAAAGGAGCGUGCUCGUCAUAUCGCUAUCGCCCAAGCGCAAGCGCGAGCUCGGGCCGAAUACGAAGCCGAACAAGAAGCCAUCCGCCGAUAUAACAAAGCCCAGUUGGCGAAGCAGCGACAGCAGCUGCAACGGCAACAACAACUAGCCUUAUUUGAAGCUAUUGCUUUGCAGCAGGCACAGCAGGAGCAAGAAGAGGCUCGUGCUCACGUUUAUGCCCGUGCCCACGACAAAGUGGCAUCCGCUGCUGCCGCUGCUACUCUCAGAGCCACUUUUGGUAUCAACGGGAUUGAUGAAGAUGACGAGAAUGAUGAGGAGAACACUUUGAAUCCUGUCAGCAAGCUCUUGAGCACUUUGCUUGCUCCUCACUCGAACCGAUCGAUACCUCAGGAGGGUUAUUCAUACAAGCGCAAUCAUCACUGCUCUCUACAACUUCAACAGAAGCAGGGACAAGUCGGCCGAGAAGCUUCCGUUUCUACUACUUCAUCGUCUGCUGGCACUUCAAAGGAAAGCCAAGACUUUAAGAGGGCCCAGAAGCUGAAGAAGGAUGACCAAAAGAGUACCGCUGCCGCCGCUGCCGCCGCUGCAUCUCAGAACGAGGUCGAGUUCUACGAUGUUAUCCCCACAAUAUUAUCCUUUGUCGAGGCUCUCUUUGAAAGGGAAGAAGAGCCUGAUGUCAACUCCAGCAAGGCCAACGGCGAGUCAUCGGGCUCAGCUAGCAAGGACAAAGCACGCUACAAGCCCAAUAUGGCCUUCACGAGCACCAGUGCCAGUGCUAGCGCCAAUGCUUCUUCACCCGCAUUUGAUCAUCCAUCUUCAUCUUCUACAGAGUCAUCUCCUGAGCUCCGUGCGGCCGACAUCCUCCUCCGACGCCAAAAAAAUCAGCAGCAGCAGGCUAUGACUCUUCAACAGAAGCAUUCCGAACUCAACUUGAUCGACUCUGCGCUCGACAGCUUUGCACUCGACCUGACCGAGGCCCUCAAGAAUGAUGUGAAAGAGGAGACUAAGCGGAUCGUCCUUGCUGCAGAGGAGAAUAUUAGCAAGGCUAUGUUCCAAAUUGACUCUGUCCAGAGUGAUGGCAACCUUUCAGUCCGCCAACGUCGCAAGGAGCUGAUCAAGAAGAGUCAAGAUAUGCUUGACUUGGUUGAUGGUUUUAAAAACCGUGAGGCCAACACCGGCAAGCAAGUCAUUCGAUCCACUCCCACUGCUGCUGAAGUCCUCGAUACCACGCCGGCACCCUCUUCUAGCUCUUCAGCAGAGAAGGAGGGGGAGGGUGAUAAAGUUGAUGUUGAACUCGAGACGAAGAUAGAGAUCGAACCUGCUGAUAUAAUUGAUGCUUUGCCAGAAGAAAGCACUGUUAGAGCCUCUGUAGAGCAAUCAAUCCAGAGUAAUAGCAAGAGUCAAGUUGAAGAUGAGAAUGAGGACAAAGACGAAGUUGUGGAGCCAUAUAAUGUUGUGGCUACGGAAGCAUCAGCUUCACCUCUCGAGUCAGAGACCAUUCAGGAGAAACACAGUGACAAUGAAGCCACUUCUACUGCUGCCUCUACUGAUGUGCCAACCAAUAUCAAAUCCACUGUCGCUGCCACUACUACUACCAUCCCUGUAGAGACUGAGAGUGACAUUGAGAUCAAUGUUAGGCUCGAACAAGAAUCACAUCCAGCUGUGGACUCGGAAAUGAAGGUUAAUGAUUCAGACUUAUCGAACGAUGACUAUGAGCUCGUUCAAGAUUUUUAA